UCUACCAAAACUUGAAAGUUUACCAAAACUCAAAAGUUCUACUGAAACUCAAAAGUCUUUCAAAAAUGUGAAAAUCUUACAGAAAUUCAAAAGUCUUACCAAAACUCGAAACUUUUACUAA